AAGCAGCGAGCGCCGGCAGAGGGGCGGGGAGAGGCGCUGACAAAUCAGCUGCGGGGGCGGUGAGCGGAGGAGAAGGAGGAGGAGAAAGAGGAAGAGGAGGAAGACCACGACAUCGAGAAGGGGACCCGACAGAGGGGGUGAGAGACCGAGUGCCGCAGCGCGGGGCGAGUGUGGUGUAAAGGAAUUCAUUAGCCAUGGAUGUAUUCAUGAAAGGACUUUCAAAGGCCAAGGAAGGAGUUGUGGCUGCUGCUGAAAAAACCAAACAGGGUGUGGCAGAAGCAGCAGGAAAGACAAAAGAGGGUGUUCUCUAUGUAGGCUCCAAAACCAAGGAAGGAGUAGUUCAUGGUGUGACAACAGUGGCUGAGAAGACCAAAGAGCAAGUGACAAAUGUGGGUGAGGCGGUGGUGACGGGGGUGACAGCAGUAGCACAGAAGACUGUGGAGGGAGCAGGGAGCAUUGCAGCUGCCACUGGCUUUGGCAAAAAGGAUCAGCUGGGCAAGAGUGAAGAAGGAGGCCCACAGGAAGGAAUUCUGGAAGAUAUGCCAGUUGAUCCUGACAAUGAAGCAUAUGAAAUGCCUUCUGAGGAAGGGUAUCAAGACUAUGAACCCGAAGCCUAAGAAAUACUUUUGCUCCCAGUUUCUUGAGACCUACUGACAGAUGUUCCAUCCUGUACAAGUACUCAGUUCCAACAUGCCCAGUCAUGACGUUUUCUCACAGUUUUUACAGUGUAUUUUAAACUCUUCCAUCAGCAGUAAUUGAAGUUAUCUGUACCUGCCCCUACGCAGCAUUUCAGUGCUUCCCUCUCACUGAAGUGAUUAUACGGUAGCAGGGUCCUUGUGUGCUAUGUGGAUAUUGUGGCUUCAAAUCUAAAAUGUUAAAUUAAAACACCUAAGUGACUACCACUUAUUUCUAAAUCUUCACUAUUUUUUGUUGCUGUUAUUGAGAAGUUGUGAUUUACUAUCAUAUAUUAUAAGAUUUCUAGGUGUCUUUUAAUGAUUAUUUCUGUUUAAAAAUAAUGAUGUGUUGUGAAAUUUGUUAAUAUAUAUAAUACUUAAAAACAUGUGAGCAUGAAACUAUGCACCUAUAAAUAUUAACUAUGAAAUUUUA